GAACUUUGUGGAUUUGUGUCAGAAGAAAACUGAACUCAGAACGCGAUGGGGAAAAUUUGUAUUUUGGUUCUGGCUUUGUCUGCGGUAGCAGUGCAAUGCGCUGUUAUUAGUCGUGAAGAUGGUGUUCACAAACGUGUGGAGCGUUCUCCUUGCGCAACAUGCGGCGGAAAGGAACCUGGACCACACGGACCUCCACACCAUGGGCCUCCCCCGCACGGACAUUACGGAGGAUACUACCACAGCGCUCAAUGGACUGGAAUUGCCGAUGAUGGCGUCCAACGAGGAGUGUUCAGUGGCGCAGCUGCAGCCGCUGGUGACUUAGGCGAAGCUAGUGGCGCUGCGUACUCCAUGGCUUCCAGUGCGGCAACCGGCAGUGGUAGCUUAAAUGUUGAAGAACAAUCUUCGCAAGGAAAUGAUGCUCAAUCAGUUCAACCUGCUGGCGGCCACGGCGGAUAUGGUCAGCACACUGGCUACGGCUCUGGUAAAUUGCAGACCGCAACCAACUCUGGUUCUCAAUCAUUUGAGAGUAGCUCACAAUCCGGUGCUGGAUCUAAUUCACAAGGAUUUGGUGAAAAAGAUGAUUCUAAAUCUCACGGCUUGGGAGGACAAGCCGAUUCUAAAUCUCAAGGUUUCGGGGGACAAGCUGAAUCCAAAUCUCAAGGUUUCGGAGGACAAGCUGAAUCCAAGUCGCAUGGUUUUGGUGGACAAGCCGAUUCCAAAUCUCAAAGCUUCGGAGAACAAGCUGAUUCCAAGUCGCAUGGUUUUGGCGGACAAGCUGAUUUCAAAUCUCAAGGCUAUGGAGGACAAACUGAUUCUAAGUCUCAAGGCUUUGGUGGUCAAGACAAUUCUAACUCUCAAGGUUUCGGUGGUCAAGCUAACUCCAAUUCUCAAGGAUCUGGUGGAUAUCACCACAAAUCAGACGCUGGUUUUGGUUCCCAAUCAUCCCAGAUAAACUCUCACCAAUCAAGUGGCUCUUACGGUCAAUCAUCGGGAGGCUAUGGUGGGCAUUCCAAACAUGCUGAGAAACAAAGUGAAAACUUCCAAAGUGGCAGUGCCCAAAGUGGCAACUCCCAAGGCGGCGAGUCAGAAAAAGGUGAUAAACAUGGAGCAAGCUUUGAGAGCCAAUCUGGAAGCCAAGGUUUUGGCAGCGGUAACCAACAAUCAAGUGGAUUUGGUUCAUCUGGAUCAUCAUCAUUUGGGAACUCUGAUAAUGCUAAGAGUGGAUCUAGUGCAGUAGGAGCAGGCGCACCGACACCACUAGCAUCUAACCAAGGAAGUGGUAACUAUGGGGGCUCAUAUGGUGGUGGACAAGCUUCAGGAAGCUAUGGAGGGUCAUACGGCGGUGGGCAUUCAUCAGGAGGCUAUGGAGGUAGCGCCUACGGCUCUGGUGGCUAUUCCGGUCACGGCUAUUCAGGGUCAAGAUACAGAUCUUCUCAAACCGCAUUAAAAGGUGCUUUGAACCUCGCCUCUCAAGGUUUACAAACAGCUGGUCAACAGGAAACUGGAUGCAGUACUUGUGGAAAGAGCAACUUUGCCUUGAGUAACGCUAAGAGUACCAAUGGAAAUGCCAUCGCUUUGGCUGUCAGCGGCUAAAUAUAAAAAUACAUUUGGAUCUUGAACUACAUUAGUACCUGGGAGCAAAACCCUUAACUAAUAAAAUAAUAGUCUUAGGUGGCGAUACGACUUUUAUUUCUUAGUGUUGUGAAAUGAAAAUGUACUUGAUUUGUUAACAAUAAGUAAAUGCUUAAAAUAAAUAAACUAUUUAUUGAAUAUAA